AUGGCGUGCAUGGCGAUCCAGAGCUGGACCUUGUCCUCCCUCGUGGGGGCCUACCUCGACCUCGCCCUUGCCUACCUCUUCCUUUGCGCCUCCGCCCUCACCUUCCUUGCCUCCAAGUUCUUGGCUUUCUUCGGUCUCGCCUUGCCAUGCCCAUGCAAUGGACUCUUCGGCCAGCCACGCUGCCUCCAAGCCCACCUCGUCGACUACCCUCCCAACAAAAUCGCUGCGGUCCAUAUGUCUCUGCGCGGCCGAUUCCCCUUUGAUUGCCCUCACUGCAGCCACCGCUACGACGUCGACUCCUUGACAGAUGGUGGUGCGGAGGAGUCGUGUGGAUCCACUUCUAACGAUACCCCCAACUCCAAGAAGAGAGCCUCCCAAGAAGAUGUCAAGGGUGAGGGGUGUCGUUUUGGAGAGAGGCCACCAUUGGUCCCUCGCCGGCGGCGACGCCGGAGGCCUCCUCUCAGCCGAGCAAACCCUCCACCAGCCUCGCCCACUCCGCCCCCGCAGUUGUGGGGGGGGCAAGGGGAGGGCACUCCCCGCCUGUCCUUCGGCACUGAUGGCCAGAUGCAACGGGGGGUGUCUGAAGAAAGCGGAGAUGGUCUUUGCCUUUUUGGUGAAUGCAUUGGAUUCGACAAAGGAGCUGCUUCUGCUACUGAAUGUAAUUUUAUGGAGAAGGAUGCAUCUGCUGGUGCUAAAGAAGUAAGUGGAUCCGAGGGAAAUGUGACUACUGUUAUAAGAAAUUUGCAACGGGCGCUUAAAAAGGAGCAGUGUGUUCAUGCCGCUCUCUCCCUGGAAUUGAAGAAAGAGAGAAGUGCUGCUUCUACUGCGGCGGACGAAGCCAUGGCAAUGAUACUGCGCCUCCAAAAGGAAAAGGCGGAGAUUGAGAUGGAAGCUCGGCAGUACCGAAGUAUUGUUGAAGAGAAAUAUGCUUACAACGAAGAAGAGAUGGUGAUUCUUAAGGAGAUCAUUGUUAGACGGGAAAGAGAGAAUCACGUCUUAGAGAAAGAAGUUAAUGCGUAUCGGCAAAUCAUGCUUAACGGUGGGGACCAGCAAGCUGAUAUUGAUCUGCAUGAUAUGAUGCAGAUGAUCGCCCAGAAGCCUGGUUCUUCAUGUGAUCCAUUGGAUGAAUCAAUGCUGAUGUUACAACAGAUCUAUGAAUCUGUUGACAAGAAGGAAGAGGUGGACGGUAUGUUCCACCAGGUGGAUGAUACUGGGCCUUUGGUUGGUGAUUGGCAAAACUGGACUAUUGGUUUUGGCAAUGAAUGCAUGUCUGAAAAUAACGUAGGCCAUUCAAUUCAUGGGUAUGUUGAGCAGGAUGAUAGCAUGAAACGGCUUCAUGAAGAAAUUUUGGCUAGUGGAGAUGAAAAGAACAUCGAGUUCCAGGAGAAGGGCAUGGUGGCAAUGCACGAGGUUACCUCGCAUUUGACUGAUGAAGAUGGUGCAAGGAUAAGAGAAAUUGAGAUGAGACUUCCUUUAGGCCAAUUAGAUAGGGAGAAAGUCCAAACUUCUUGUCAAACAUGUAGUGGUUUAGCUCAUGCUGAGACUGGAGUAUGUGUCCAUGAUGUACAUGUCAUUGAUGACAAAACCCAUUUGGGUGACAAGAGACAUACAAGGGAAAUAGGUGCAUCUCGGGAUGCUGAUGUGAAUAAUGAAUUAUAUCGAACUAAGUCUGUUGAUCGUUCAACUAGAAACAAAGUUACAGGACGGAGUGCUGGGAAACUCAACAUUCGUAGGAGUUGCUCAGAUGUGACAAAGAAGGGGCAAGCGAUGGGUGGUUCUUGUGAGAAAGCUUCAUGUUUCGAUUUGAGGAGUCAUUCCAUGUCUGCAGUUGACUAUGAAAGGUUAAUACUAGAAAGUGAAGUUGAGCUCUUAAGGAAAAGACUAAAGAUCAUUCAACAAGGAAGAGAACGGCUGAGCUUUUCUAUAGAGCGCAAAAAGGAAUCUGACCAGUUGCCGCUCUCGGAGGAGAGAUUAUGUCAACUUCAAGAGCUUAAACAAGUAACAAAAUCUGAAAAAAGGUUUCGCCAGGCUUCUUUGCCACCUAAAUCAUCCAAGGUCCUUCAAGUACAGACACUGGAGGGAUUUGAGAUAUUUAGUACCUUGUGGGACAUCCCUUAACACUGAUAGGCCAUUUAGGACAAGGAUCUCCAGGCUUUCCAUGGUGCCAUCCUCUACCUCCACAUGAUCAAGUUUCUGCAUAUCGAUUAAUGAUAGCUGCUUCAACUUAGGGAACCAUCCUGCAUGAAACAAUAGUUAGUUCCCGUUAUAUGCCUCUUGAAGUGUGAGAUAUACAAGGUUGGGCAACUGAGAGAGGGAUUCAAGUGGAUCCUCUUCUAGCCCACUCCAACCAAGAUAUAAUUUUCGAAGGCUAGCUCCAAGAGUACGAAAUACAGGCAAUGGCACUUUUCCUUUAUCUAGUCGCCCAUCCAGAUGAAGCUUUUGAAGAUGUGGAUGUUGAGAUUGAAUUACCUAGCCUUCUAGUUGGAGGAUCUCAUUCUCAUCGCUUGCUUUGAGGGCAAAUUAAUUUGGAAAGGUAGUGCAUCUUUGAUAAAGCGGUGCAUAGUUUUUUACAAUAAAUCCCAUGUACUUUCCAUAUCA